AUGAAAGGGUUGGGGGCCAAUCGUAACCGUCACCUGUCAGAAUCCUACGAACCCGCAAACCCCUCGGAAGCCCUCUACCCUCACCAAACCAGCACCCUGCCGCGCAGCCCCUACCUGCUGAGUCCCACCAUGGACCACUAUGACACCAUGGACCCUCACCACUACCCCUCAGCAAACCCUGGCUCCCUCCCAUCGGAUUGCAUGCUGCAGCUCAAUAACCAGCUGUCCAACAGCAGCACCUUCCCAAGGAUCCACUACAACUCCUAUGACCAGUCUGACUUCUCCCUGCCAGGGGAUAGCAUUGGGGGCAUAACUACAGGGACCAUGGGCACAUCCAUGUCCAUGUCUAUGGGCAUGGGGAUGGGGAUGGGCAUGACAGGGCUCAGUGGACGGAUGCCCAUGAUAACGAGUGGCUCGGCAACCAUAUCACAUCACGCAUCCAAGAACCAGGCUCCACCUAAUCUGCUGGAACAGUUUGAUAAGCAGCUGCCUGGUGGCCAAGACGGCUUCAGCACACUGCAGUUCCACAGGACUUCUGCCGUGGCCGCGGCCAAGCAGCGCACGGACAGCCCCGGCCGCAUUCGUUACAUGCUGCACUCAGUCCAGAAGCUCUUUGCCAAGUCUCAGUCAUUAGAGAGUCACAACAUGAAAGGCAACAUCAAUGGACGCUCUGCUGGCAGCGGUGGGGGCUCAUCUGGUACAGAAGAUGGAGGUAAACAGAAUCGCAGGGCCAAAAGUAAAGAUCGGGGUACCAAAUCUGAGGGGACCACCAAACGGCGACCACGCUCCAACAUGUCGGGCUACUGGAGCUCAGAUGACCUGGACAGCAGUGACUUGAGCAACUACCCCAACCCCGUGGCCAUGAUGACUCUGGGACAUCCCACCGGACACGACAGCCAGGGGGGGCAGAGCAGAUACAUCCACAGUGGCUACAACACCAUCAGCACCUCCAAAAGCAACAGUGACAUGAAGUAUCAGGCCCUACCAGGGCCUGGGAGUAGGGGAGGAAGUGGUGGAGGAGGUAUGGCUAUGAAUGACAGUGACUUUAUGAAAGGCAGCUCAUGGUCCACACUGACCAUGGGUCAUCCGAGACAGGUUAUCCAGAAAGGCUCAGCCACUCUGGAUAGGAGUAUGCUAAAGUCCAAAUCCUGCCAGCAGGAGCUAACUUGCAACUACCUGCAAGUCGGCCGAAGGGGUGAUUGGAGCAGCACAUUGGGCCGCAGUGGGGGUGCCAAUGAAAUCCCAUGUCGGCGUAUGCGCAGCGGCAGCUAUGUGAAAGCCAUGGGCGACAUGGAGGACAGCGAUGACUCGGAGGGGAGCCCCAAACCCUCGCCAAAAGCCGCCGCUCGUCGCCAGAGCUACCUCAGGGCCACCCAGCAGUCUCUGAGCGAGCUACUACCCCCACGCAACAGAGCCCUGGAUUACGCCAUGUUGCAGGGGGAGCUGGAUGCACUGUGGUCUCCUCUCCACAGUGUGUCUUCUCUGCACCAGCUGGGCAGGUCAAUGAGCAGCUGUCUUCCAUCCCUCAGAGAGCUCUCCAACAACCGUAGCCUGGACCACCUGGACUGCAUUGGGGGCUCGGGCUCGUCUUUCCCACGCUGGGAUGAUGAUGACUUCAGCCAGGCCUGCAGCACCUUGGGCAGGAGCAGCUGCAUGGGACAGCUACGAGACCUGGAUACAAGCCAUCGCUACGAAGACCGCAUCUCCGAAUCCACAUUCAGAGAUUCCCGCUCCCAUUCUCAGGACAACCCAGAACCUCCAGACUUACCCAUGCCAACAUGCUUCCGCUCCCGCAGCCACAGCUACCUGAGAGCCAUCCAAGCCGGCUGUUCCCAGGAUGACGACACGGCCUCCGUGGACUCCGACUCCCCCCCUCCCACAGCAACCACUGUUCGCACCUACAGCACCAGCACCGACGACCACUCUACCUCAUGGGAAAUAUGGAAAGUACAGUUCGCCUCAUACCUGAUAGCCACUGGCUUGGACAAAGCCCCAAAGGAGAAACAGCUCGCAAUUUUUCUUCAGCAUUUGAGGACAGGCAGACCACACAUCUUUCCCACAAACCAAGUCUCUACGUGCAUAACCACCUGUAAGAAGGCCGCCCCACCACCCGUGCCGCCCCGCACCACGUCCAAGCCCUACAUCUCUGUGACAGUGCAGAGCAGCACCGAGUCGGCCCAGGACAACUACCUGGACCAGCAGGACCGUCGUUCAGAGGUCAACAGCCAGUCAAGUCACGCCCACAGCAACUCCUCCGAUAGCCUGGACAGCACUCGUGCCAACAGCCUGGCCCGGGGUAUCCCCCGACCACCACACAUCAUCCCCACCCCAAUCGCCAUCCCCAGGGAACCCAUUACGGUCACCGCCUCAGUCAGCGCUUCCACCGAGACCGUCGAUUCUGCAGUGUUCCAUAGGCCCCCAAAGACAACAGUAAAUAAAGGGAACCUAGAGGCAGAGGAGCACCAAGUGGUCCCUGUACCGAGGAGGAAACUCUCCUCCAUUGGCAUACAGGUCGACUGCAUUCAGGAAGUUCAACGAGAGGAGACUCCACCAUUGGCCAGAUUUCAGUCGAUUGGCGUGCAGGUGGAGGACAGCUGGCAGCUCAGCCGUUCCAGCAGCAUGGCCUCCAAGCAAGAAACGGACUCGGACACACGCGACAUCCCCAUCAUCUCCCACAUCAAUUCCAACAGCGCCAAGCCCACUGAGAAGAAAGUCAUGGUUAAUAGUGCCAGCCAGUCCAUGGACUCUCCUCCUGGUCCAAACUCCAUAGACAAUGGAGGCACAGCCGCAGACACCUCGUCACCUCCACCCCUCAGGCAGAUCCUCAACCGUUCCACGACGCGGAGCAGCUCCUCCUCUUUCUCUGAAAGUCUUGACCCCGCACUGGAUCCAUCAUCCCUGCCUCCUCCAGACCCCUGGUUGGAGAGUGGAAAUGGCAGUAACAGCAGCAUCCCCCCAAGUGUUGGAGGGGGAACUCUUUGCCGGAGGGAUGGCCAUUGGUUCCUGAAGCUGCUGCAGGCAGAGACGGGGCGCAUGGAGGGCUGGUGUCAACAGAUGGAGCAGGAGACCAAAGACAACCAGCUCUCAGAGGAAGUGCUAGGGAAGGUUCGCACUGCGGUAGGAAGUGCCCAGCUCCUCAUGUCCCAGAAGUUCCAGCAGUUCCGGGGACUGUGUGAACAAAACCUGAGUGUGAAUGCCAAUCCUCGCCCCACACCCCAGGACCUGGCUGGUUUCUGGGACUUGUUGCAGCUCUCCAUCGAGGACAUCAGCCUCAAGUUUGAUGAGCUCUAUCACCUGAAGUCCAAUGACUGGCAGCCAGUGUCCACCGCAGCUGCCCACUCGCCCCCUGAGCGGAAGGAAGAGAAGCCAGCUCCUCCAGUGCCAAAGAAGCCCGGUAAAGGACGGCCGGCGCUGGGCCGUGAGAAGAGCGCCGACUCAUCUUCCACCUCCUCGUCGGCCUCAGCAGAGAAGCAGAGACAGGAGGCUCGUAAGCGUCUGCUGGCUGCCAAGAAGGCCGCCUCGUUUCGCCAGAACUCAGCCACGGAGAGCGCGGACAGCAUAGAGAUCUAUGUCCCCGAGGCCCAGACUCGCCUGUGAAAGGGAGAGCGAGGGAGAUAGCGAGAGAGAGAGAGAGGGAGAGAGAGAAUAUUGAUAAGUCUCUAGCGUGUCCAAAGGAGAGAACUGUUGGAAUGUAAAUGAGCUAGUCGGAGCAAGAAAAAUGGAAAUAAAAGGAACAGUUUCUCUGACACCUGUGAGGGGGGGGGGAUAGUGGUGUAAAAAGGAAACCCCCCCCCCCUCCCAAGAAAGCUCGAUGGUUUUUGGUUUUUGGUUUUUUUUGUUUGGUUUUUUGGCACACUCAUUGGUAUAGGCUGGUCCUGGUCAUGUCAUACAAAUGUUUAUUGAACAGGAGAUAAGGCACUUCUGAGUUACGAUUAACUUUAAGAGACACUGAGGCUGCCAUCGGAAACCUCCAAUGAAUCUCGCCAAUCAUUAUUAUUCUUGAUUAUUCAGAAAAUUAUUAAUACUGCUGGUAUUAUUACGAUGAUUAUUAUGUCCUAAAGAACCUUUAUGAAGACUGUUUUGAAUGCUCUUUAUUUGCUAUAAGAUCUACUAGGCAGACCGGUCAAACAUUUUUGCUUCCUGCCCUCUUCCCUUUCCUUUGGCCUUCCUGUAGCUUUGCACAACACCACCUUGUGGCCAUUGCAUGCACUACAUCAGUGGUCUUCAAUGACGUGCCAUUGAGGUGCAAAAGUAUGCAGGUUUUCAUUCCAGCCUUAUAGUAGACCAGCUGAUUUAACCAUUUGGCGUUUACCUUCAGAGAGGUGAAAUCUGAUGAGGGAAAUCAGCUGGUGUGUUGUUCGGCACAUGUUCAGAGACCAACAUGGUUGGAAACCAAGUCACCCAUUGAAUACACACGCAGACAUAUCACAAACUCACAGCACCUGUAUCAUCCUUGUUGUAGUCAUCUAUUUUAAUCUUUCCUUUGUUUUGUAUAAAUCUCAACUGUCCGUAAGAUUACUUGGGGGCUGUGAUAUAUCAGCUGAUGUUGGGGUGUGAGGGGGUAUAUAAGACUGACAGGUAAAACUCCUUUGUGUGUCCCUCAAAAAGUUUUUGAGACCAGGAUUUUAAAUACUGUCAUGAAAAUCUGUAAGGUGAGGGUACUUGGGUCGGAAUGAAAACACAUCCCAUCAUAUAUAUAUUCAGUGCAAAGGUCUGUUUAAAGGCUUCAGGACUUGCCCGUCUUGUCUGUAUGACGGCGACAAUAAUUUGCAGACCGCUGCAUUCUUCAUAGGGAAAUAUCAUGUUAAUAUCAAACAAUAGGAAAACUCUCCCCGCCUUUAAAGUCAUAUCAUCCCAACAUUGUUAACUCCCUUUUCAAGGACUUGCCUGUCCAUGCUCUGUUUUCUGUCGACAUUCGUGUUGCUAUAAUUGUAGACAACAUGAGAAUUCUGUCAACCCUGCUUUUCCUUUCACCCGUUGAGCUCAGUACAUUCUGACACACCUCAACAUUCAAACUACUCACACUCCAGCUAAACUACAUUAGGAAUGCUAUAUUUUGUACUACAUUUUUUCAUAUGUCCCCCACGCUUACAUAUACACAAAAGGUCUAAAUUCUGUUACAAUUAUUAUAUAUAUAUAUAUAUAUAUAUAUAUAUAUAUAUAUAUAUUAUCCCCUAUUAAGCUUCCCUAGAACAACCCACAAUUUUCAAGCAAAACUGUUUAAUUAAAGCAUUACA